AAGCCAUUGUGCAGAUAUGUUAGUGGUGUCAGUGAUAGCAUGUUGACCUUAGCUGCUGAAACUGCUCAACGUAGCUUGUCAGGGAACACCAUGUUGUCAUGCAAUGAAGACUUUGUUGAAGUACUUGGGUGGAUUGGAGAUUCCUUGAUGGAACCCAACUCGGGUUUUAACGGAUGUGACGUCACUCCUCAUCCAAAGUUACGACUUAGUACAAAUAGAGUUCAGAACAACCUUACGCUGCUGCUGGCGGUCGUUAGCUACAUUAGCUUCUGGCACUGCAGCUGUUAAACUUGUUGUUGGCCACUGCUCGAUUAUUAAGACGGUUUGACAGCUCCAGGAAGAGAUUAGUUAAAAUAAUGUUUAGCGCCCUGGUUUGUGGAGCCGCGGUGUUUCCAGGACUUUUCUACAGCUUCCGGAAAGUGCUAAAAUACACUUUCACACACUGGAAUGAUGCAGACGUGGUUUCUGUCAGUGAGAGGCUGGUCUCCGCUGUCCAUGGGUCUUUGGCCACUGCAGCUGGAGUCACAGUUGUGACAUCCUGUAGGGAUACCAUGACUGACAGUCACUGGCUGGUCAAUGAGUUUGUUUUGUUUGGAGCUCCAUAUAUGGUGUAUGACAUCUAUGCCAUGUAUCUGAGCCACUUCCAUAUUCAGAGGGUCAGAGGUCACUCCAGGUCAUACAGCAGCCACUCUCUUCAGACUGUGAAGGCUUUCCUCAUGAAGGACUGGAUGUUGGCCCUCCAUCACCUGCUGCUGCUUAUCAUUUUUAUGCCCAUAACUCUGUUCUUCAGAAGAGGACUGGGUGAUUUCUUCAUCGGCUGCCUGUUCAUCACAGAGUUCAGCACUCCUUUCGUCUCAUUAGGAAAGAUUCUCAUCCAGCUGGGACUUGAUGACACCAGGCUGCACAGAAUCAAUGGCAUCAUGGUCCUCUUGAGUUUUUUCAUGUGUCGGAUCCUGGUCUUCCCCUUCAUGUACUGGAUGUAUGGCCGGCAGUUUGGGAUUCCCCUGCACAGAGUGGCCUUCCAUCUGCCCCUGCAGUGCAACGUGGGUAAUCUGGUGAUCCUGGCUCCACAGAUCUAUUGGUUCAUCCUGCUGCUGAGGAAAGCUAACAGAGUGUACCUGCGACAGAGGAGAGGGAAGGACUGAUGAGUUGACUGAUGUCAAUAAAAUAAACAGGUUUUACACUGAACUAAAGACACAACAGAGUGUUAGAGCCACUGUUAGGAAAAGAAGAUUUAUGGAACAAGUAAAAGUAGGAGGAUGGAUAUGCAUUAAAUUUUGAGAAUGAAGUUGUAAUUAUGAGGAAAAACUCAAUAUUUGGCAUAAAAAGACAAUAUUAUAGAUUUAAUUCAUACAGUUUAGAGAGCAAAUAGACUUCUCUUUUUAAAAAUAUGUUGAUAUUUUUGACAUUUUUUGUCUGAAAUUUUUAAACUUUUUCUGGACAUUAACACUCUGGACAGUAAUUGUUUUCCUUAAAUACAUUUUUCUGGUAGAUUCUCUACCGUAUUUUAGACUAUUAUGACUUUUUUUCCCUCAAAGUAUUUUUUUUCUUAGAAACACUCAACUUUUUCUAAAUCUUUUUCCUCUGACUGUGGCCUUACUAUAUCAUCGUACAGUUCAGUGUGUUUGUCGUGCAAUCUCCCAUUAUGUAGCCUGUAUUGGUGAAAUCUGAUCUGUCACGUUACUAUGCAAUAAAACUCUUAAAUGUUGUGUUACAGCUAGUACAGUACAUUGUUAGGGCUUUGCAAAGAAUAUUUUUGUAUGAAUAAAACUGAAAAAAAAAUUAAAAAUAAGUUCUUUAAUUGA